AUGGGAGAUGAGGAGGAGCGGCAGCCACCCGGCGUGUACACGCUCGUGACAGAGGCCGGUGAGCAGAAAACUUCCAUCGGUUUCACAGGCAAAGCAACUGCAAACUAUGCAAAUGGCGACAUCUACGAGGGCAUGUUUGAGAAUGGUGUGAGACAAGGCCAAGGUGUGUACACGUACUUGAAGGGAGAUGUCUUUACCGGCACCUUCGACAACAACCUGAAGACUGGCUUGGGAAGAAUUGUGUACAAGAAAGGCGGCUACUACCACGGUCAUUUCAAAGCCGGCAAACGCGAGGGCGAGGGCACGCUGCAGUAUGCCAACGGUGACAUCUUCUCUGGUUACUGGAAAGAUGGCAAGAAGCAUGGAGCCGGAACGUAUGUCUUUAACAAGACCAAAUACGAGUACAAAGGUGAUUGGCAGGAUGGGCAGAUAACAACUGGAACAUGGACCCUUACUGAUGGAACUCAGUACGAGGGAGGUUUCCAGAGCCAGAAGCCUUGUGGCGAUGCCACUUGGAAAACUCGCCAAGGCACCAUUGUUGAGGGAUCCUACGUGCAGCAGGUGGUGCCCUUGGACUCCGCACCUCCAGCCAAGCCUGGUGAAACUCCGGCUGUCGCCACCCGGUGCUUUUGGACGACGGCAGCCUUGGUGGCCGCAGAAGCCUGA